AAGCACCAAAAUGGUCAACCCAGCCAUCAAAGAACUCAUGGACGAGACCAUGGCGCGCGGCAACAUCCCGCCGCCCUCGAAGAAGCCCGAGACCGACGUCGCCACCGACACCAAAGCGGCCACGCCACCCCCCACCCUCGCCGACUCCGUAACCGCAGCCGUGGGCCGCGCCAAAGAAGCCGUCGACGAAGUCACCUCAUCCGCAGCCACGGCCGCACAGAAGGCGCUCGACAAGCUCGAGAUCGGCGGUGAGGAGGGCGGGAUCGUCGGGGGCGAUGGCGUUAUCGGAGCACCGCUGCAGGGGAUUGGCAACAGUUCGAGCGAGACGGCUGCUGAAGAGAAGGGCGCGGGUAAGGGUAAGGCGAAGGCGAAGGCUGAGGAGGGCGAUGGGGAGGAGAAGGGGGUUGGUGGGCAGGAGAAUGUGGGGAGGCUUAGGGGUGGAGAGUGAAGCGGCUGCUGAGUGAGAGGGAAGAGGGAGGAGGGAGGAGGGAGUAGGGAACGGUGGGGAUUGGGGGGGUUAUGAGAUGGUAUUGGAACUCGAAGCCAUGAUACGGGUGUGAAAGGGAUACAGAU